UUGUUUUAACCUGUUUAACUUCUUUGUUACUUAACUAACGGCUGCCAAAAUGAGUUCAGAAACUAGCAACCCCAGCAAGAAAAGACAAAAAGUUUCACUUUACGACGAAUCUUGGGAACAGUUACCAGAAUUUAGGGAUUGGUUGGAAAAAAGUGAAAACGAAGAUAAUGCCAGGUGCAGGUACUGUAAUAAAAAUAUCCCAAUAUAUCUUGCUGGAAUGGAGGCUUUGCGAAGGCAUGCACAAACAAGGUUCCAUCAUUCGAAUGUUCCAGUUUUCUAUGGACCGAAACCCCUUGAUGAAUGUGUCCAGGAAGCAAGAGAAUUACUGGAACCCAUUGCCAAAAAGUACAAAUGGAAUGCAAGAACCAAGAUUCAUUUUGUCCAGGCAAUGGCAAGUGCUCUGCCAGACUCAGAAAUAGCUCAGAAAUUGGCUGCUGAUAUGAGUUUGGUCGAUAUUGAUGAUUCAGAUGAUUCAAAUGAUUCUGACUAAUGUUUUUUGCA